AUGUCGGUCCCAGUCAAGACAAUCGACAUCGCCAUGCCUCCCGAGGCGAAGCUCAACUCGCCCAGCCCGAGCGAGAUCACGCUCACCGACGGCGGCGAUAUCACCAAGCUCGAGAAGUAUCGCUCCGAAGAGCUGGGAUCGGAUGAUCUCGAGUCUCCCUCGGACGAGAAACAGCUCGACCUCGAAGCUCAGACCGUCAAACCAAAACGGUUCGCUGCGCUCAGGUACACGGCCCUCAACCUCUAUCGACGGCUCUUCACGCUGGUCGUCCUCGCCAAUAUCGCCGUCUUCGUGGUGGUCAUGACGGCUGACCGCAAGCUUCUGGCCUUAGUCAAUGCCACCGCGGGUAACCUGCUUGCCUGCGGCUUGGCUCGGCAGCCGCUGGUCGUCAACACCAUCUUCCGCGUCGUUUGCUCCAUGCCGAGAUCAUCGCCGCUGGUCCUGCGCCGGAUGGCAGCCAAGGUCUAUCACUAUGGCGGCGUACACAGCGGCUGCGGCAUCGCAGCCCUCAUCUGGUACAUGGGCUUCAUCGGUGUGAUGUCACACGAGUACUGGCGAGCCGAGACGGUCAGCAGCAUGUCAGCCGCGCCGGUGGUGCUCGCGUACACGAUCCUGGCCCUGCUGUUGGUGAUCAUCGUGGUGGCGCAUCCCACGUUUCGAAUGAAACGGCACGACUAUUUCGAACUCACCCACCGUUUCGGCGGGUGGCUUGUGGUCGCCAUGUUCGUUGCGCUGCUGAUGGUCUUUGCACGCGAGACCAGCCGGGCCCAGGAGCAGCCGCUGGGCCGGUUCCUGAUCAAGCUUCCGGCCUUCUGGUUCCUGGUCAUCACCGUGGCCGCCAUCAUCCACCCGUGGCUGCUGCUCCGCAAGGUCCCCGUUCGCGCAGAGGUUCUCUCCACGCAUGCCGUGCGCUUGCACUUGGACCACACCACCACGUCCUUCGGGAAGGGCAUCCAACUCGCCAAACACCCGCUGCGAGACUGGCACGGAUUCGCGACCUUCCCGGACGCUGACCAUGAGCAACCCAGCUUUUCUGCGCUGGUCUCCAAGGCCGGCGACUGGACGCACGACUGCAUCCGGCAGCCGCCGCAGCACCUGUGGAAGCGCGGCGUGCUGAUCUACGGUGUUGCGUACGCCAUGCGCGUCUUCCGGCGAGUCAUCGUCGUAACCACGGGGUCUGGCAUUGGACCGUGUCUGUCGUUCCUGGGCGACGAGCACCGGCCCGCGCUGCGCGUGGUGUGGCAAACCCGGGCACCGCUCAACACCUAUGGCCCGGCGGUGUUGGAUCUCGUGCGCCGGAUGGAUUCGGACCCCAUUAUCAUGGACACGGACAAGAGCGGGCGCGUCGACAUGCUCCCCAUGGUGCAGCGGCUGGUCCGCGAGUUCGACGCCGAAGCGGUGUGCGUGAUCAGUAACCCUGUGCUGACGCGCCGGCUGGUCUACGGCCUCGAGGCGAGAGGGACUCCCGCGUUUGGUCCGAUUUUCGACUCUUGA